AUGUCCUUGAGGCUGUCCUGGUUAAAAAAACCAACGUUUACAAUUCUUGACAAAGCCGUACAUAUCUGGUUUCAAGAACUCAGAAUGCGAAGCAUUCCAGUAAGUGGCUCUAUUAUCAAAGCUAAGGCACUAGAAAUAGCCAAAGAAUUGAAUCUACAAGAAAAUUUUGUAGCUAGCACUGGAUGGUUAGACAAAUGGAAAAUCAGGCAUGGCAUUCGCCAAUUACAAGUUUGUGGAGAAAAAAAAUGUGCUGAUAUAGAAGCUGCUGAUAAAUUUAAAACAGCGCUAUCAAAAAUGAUAAAAAAUGAGAACAUUACUUUGGCACAGAUAUUCAAUGUAGACGAAACAGGUUUAUAUUUUAAAAUGUUACCAACUAAGCAGAAAAAAAAGAACAUGGAGCGUUUGGAUUUAAACAGAGUAAAGAUCGCAUAA